AUGCAAAAUCAUCGCUUUCAGAAUAACUUCACAUCAUCAUCAUCAUCGUGCAACCACUUUCCUCUCUCGAUUCCAAAUUUCGCACGAAGGAAGAGAAUUUUCAAUGAAAAAACAGGGCAUUUAGUUUUGAUGGAUAUGAAUCAUCAACCUCAACAAAAGCAACAAGAAGAAGGCUUUAUUUCCGACUUGAAAGAUGCUUCUCUCCGAAGAAGAAAUAAUCUUCUCAUCCAUAAGAAUAAUACUAGUAACAAUAGUAACAACAAUAAUAAUAUCAAUCAUCCAUGUACACACUCCGCCUCGGAUGAUCAUGAAAAUUCAUCCAUAGAACAUGCUCUUUCCUUCUUUUCCCUGGACUCAAUAUGUGAGAGUUUCAAUAUUCCAAUGACCCUGAUUGGACGAUACCUGAGAUCGGAAGAGGCAAAAACCAUCGUUUCAUGUAACUUACAAACUCACCGUUUGAAACUAUUGUGGAUGUCUAUGCUUAAUCUCAUGUCCAGAUUAUAUGUAACGGUUUCAACAGUGCAAGAAAAUUCAGGAAAUCCCAUCACUUCCUCCACCCUAAGAAUGUAUCCAACUCCGACUGCUAACGUUUAUGUAUCACCUUGCAUUGCUCUCGUGAAAUGCAUGGCAAAACAAUUGUACAAACAAAUUACUGAAAUUACUCUUGAAAUUGAUACCGUUCUGACCAGAUUGAGCGAAUUCAACAAGUUACUUUCAAACUUUAGUGAAACUAAUCACUUUCUCAUAUCACAAUUGUUUCGGUAUUGUAUGGCCUUGGAGUCGGGUGCUGCUGGUUCAGUAAACUCGGGCGCAGUGACAACUCCCCAACAAUCAUGCAUGAAAACGACACUCAUCAAAGAGAGAGAAUUUGUCUCUCAUUUUCAGAGAAUACUCAUCAAGAGGUUAGGAUUAAUCUUGAAUGGGUUAGAUUUAUCGAAAUGGUCGCAACAAAACCCUAAGGUCACUGCCAAGAGAGAAGACCACACCACUGGUAUCAAAGUGCCUAUGCUCAAGCAAAUUGACCGUUUAUCUGAUGAGGAUUUAUUCGAUUUCAUUGCUUCUAUUCAAGAUGUUGCCCUGAAAUAUGGGGUCGGUAUCAUUAAACCUACCCCGCCUCCUCCUCCUCCUGAAAAGAUACAACAAAGACCUCAAAGUGAGAAGAUGAAAGAAACUACAACAACCACACCCCAGACGCAUUCAUUCAUGAAAAAUCAUGAACCUACCUCUGUAUCGACCGAUAAUAAGCAGCAUGACCUGCCAACGAUGUGUACAACAAUGAAGAGUGACGAUCAGAAUGUUACCGACAAUAACGAAGAUGACCACCAUUGCAAGAAAUCCACCACCAAUACUUGUAGAAAUGAUCACGAAAUGGAUCUCAGUGGUGACAGCUCAAAUAAGGCAGAAGAAGAAAUGAACAAUGAACAGCAGGGACAUUCUUUUGCAACUUCCAAAGCCAAUCUCCUAACGGAAGAUGAAAAGCACCAGAACAUCAUGCCCGCAGGUGAACCACCACGUCCAACCUCAUCCACAAUAGCCUCCACAGGUGACACAGCCUCAAAUGAGCAGAAAGAUCACAUGACGACGAUUUCUUCGAGUCCUCCCCUUUGUACUCCAUCGACACCCUCAAGUGUCACACGACCCUUAAUGACAACAGGAGUUCUCUCAGCUACUCCCAUUCCAAAAUCAAGUCAAAUGAUACGAACCACAAGCAACUCAAAAACCAAUAGUGAUGACCUUGAUUUAUCAGGAACCGGAGAGGACUUGUUACCCGAAGAUGCCCUCCUGUUGCUGAAUUCGAGGUUGAACUCGCAUAACACUCCCGUGCUCUCUGCCAAAAAGAAGAACAAGAAUGUACCGCUCUCAUCAUCCACAAAACAACAACACGCUUCUACGCAAUCCUCGGCUGCUCGAAAUCAAACAAUGAAACGAAAAAAAUCAUCCUCUUUCACGGAUGACAAUGAUGGUGACAGCGACGAAGAAGACGUGCCUCUUGUAUCAAUCAUUCCAUCCAAGUCCUCUGCUAAAACACAUCAUUCUAACAACAAAUCAAAACAACCACAGUCUCGACACGACCUUAAACAGUUCAAAACCUUUGAGGACAUUGAUUCUUUGAAUAGCCCAAACAACGAACAGCAUCAAAAUGACGAAUUGUUCGACGACGAUGAAAACAAUGAAUUCGAUGAGCCCUUAUACAGUUCAGGCACACCAUAA